AUGGUAAACGGCAACCACAUCUGUGUGCAAGCCGGCGGCACUUGCAAGACCAGUCUCGUUCUUCUCCCAGUGUGCGAGUGGCCACCUGAAAUCCGCACGCACUCCUUCUUCGGCAUUCUCCUUUGCCGCACCACACGUCCCGCAACGACAGCUCGCCAGGGGGGGGCUCCCUCGACCAUCAACGGAAUGGCGAUGAAAGCAUUCUGCUGCUGCACCUCCCGGCGCCGAGGACGCACCGUCGAUGGCCGAGACGGCAACGCAAUCCCAUUGUCCGAAGCGUCUGGCCUCUUCGACACGGCCCUCCAUCAGGAACGGGGGCUCGGAGACUCGAGAGCCAGCCGUCACCCUCCGGCGGAUUAUGCUUCCUCCAGCGCCCAGGUGUCCCCCCGCGAAGUUCCCGUCGACGUGUGCCAGCUGAUGGCCGACAAUGACUCGGACGGCGAGCACGAAACCAGCCACUCUGCCAGGAGGUCGACACGAACACUCAGCGCCGUCCGCGCCAAGCUGAUCAAGCACAUGUCUCACGACAUUGACAUCGAUCGCCAGUCUCGCACCGCCGUGGGCCACAGUAAGGAAGAAUUGGCCCGCCGGGCCGAGCUGAGGCGCCUUCGGCAGAAAAGAAUUCAAGACGAGCUCGAGAAGGAGUGCGUCAACGACGACGGAAGCGUCAAGUCCCACCAAAGUACUCGUCAUCUCUCAACCCUGAUCGACUUUGGACAACCCGGUGGUGGCCCGCGAGAUGCCAUCGAGUUUACUGUCAAGCACGGAACCACCAUGCUGGACGUCGCUGCCUCUGUUCUACAAUCCGUCCCCAGUUCGACUCCAUCGCAUUCCAGCUGCCUUGACCUGACCGAUGCCGGCCGGGGACAUGAACCGACAAGCUCGCAAAAUGGCGAGGGUUUGUCGGUCACGGGCACUGCCAUGAUGACGCCGGCAGCCUCCCACUCCCAACCGGCGGUCGCCCAACACAAGAGGCAUCGGGCAUUAUCCGGCUGCGCCCCGAGUCCACCGCGGUUGGAGAGGGCUCUUGGCGUGGAUAGCGAUUUUGACAUUUGCCACGGGUCCCAUGCUUGGGAUGACCAGUCUGCUCUGGGAGUCUGGCUCAUAGCCCAAGGUAUGCGCUCGAGGGACAGCUCUCUCGGUCGACCGGCGGAUCAAGCGUCAGACAGAACCACGGCUCCUGAGCAAGCGCCGCCACCCACCCAGGAAUUCGGGGGUGUUCCUCGCGUCAUUGAUACAGAAACCCCAACGGAGGAAAGAAGAAUCACCAUUUCGCUACCGCCGCGCCUUUCAUCCGAAGCCGAAGCGAAUCGGAGCCAGGCGAGAGACGGUACUGGUACAGGCGGGUCGACUUUGAGGCAUGACGAGCCGGUUGAUGCUGACAACCUCACUCCAUCACCAUCAAGGAACGCACCAGAAUAUCGUCGGUCGGCCACGAGCGUUGCAAGACACCACGUGGAUAGACCAUCGUCGAACUACCCCUCCACCGACACGAGCUCUCCACCCAGCUCUGUUCACACUCUGAGCAACCGUUUCAGUCUCAGCCAGCAAGAUAUCGAGAAUCUGGAACUGUCACCCUUCCAAUGGCAUGGUAAUUUCUCCGUUUUGCAAAGUUUUGGUCAUUCGGAAAGAAAAACCUCGUAUGAUGCUUCCGAAAACCACGGAACGUACCUUGACGGCAACUGCGAACCCGAUAGGUGUCUCGAGCGGCAGUCUCAGAGUGGAUUUGAUACAAAGUCCGUCGCUCAUUCCGACACGGUGAGCUUUCAGCAGCGAGAGGCCGAGCUUCGAACCAUCGAAUACAGGUUCGGCAAGGUCAUAUCCCGAAAGAAAACCGGCGCCGCCGUCCACAGCCGUUUCCGAGAAGAAUUCCCAACAACCACUGCGUGUGCGCCGGUACGAGCGUCACUUGUGGCUAAGCUUCAAAGGUCAAUCUCGCGACUUUCCAGAGCACCGCGCAGCCUUGUGUCCAUUGGAAGUAAACCGAAUCCAUCCAAUGGAACAAACGUGGAGCCAUCUCAGCAUAGCAAUAUCGAAACCACCAAACAUUUACAAACGCUUUUCAACCCGAAAGAUUCAGCGACGAAAUCGACAGACAUGCCGUCAACUGUGUCUGCGGCCAAGCCAGUGCAUGCAUGUGGCAACCGUCAGGAUCAUGUGCCUGCCGUGAGGUUGCACGACUCGUCCGCGGAGCCGCCAGACGUGCAGGGCAACCUUACAAGUAAUAUUGAAUCGCAAGCGAACAUCUCUCAAGGUACUUUUAUUUGGCCAGUGACGACCAAGGCUAGUGGCGGCCAGAGCAGACGAUGCCAAGUAAGACCAUCUUCGUCGUGGCCCAAGUGUCGCAACGAUCUUGUCGACCCACCACCGGUUGUGAUGCGUCGCCCUUACCGCGAAUACAUGAAAAACCAGGUUGACGGGGAGGAAGAACUCGCACUGGAAUCUCCAAGAAAAGCCCACGAAUCACCCUCUCUGAGCCAGAGGUUGGAAAAGGUUACCAGGUCCAGGUUGAUUAGACUUUUGCCUUUCACCAUGUCUUCAUUGGAAGCAGGCAAUUCUCAACUACAAUAG